AUGGGCAGCACUCCGUAUCCAGGUGGCGAGUGGAAAGGGAAGAGCAAGGGGGGUCUUCAGGAGCUGGGUUGCAUGCCCUGGAAGGUCAGCAAGCAAAAAUGUGGAAGUGGGCCGGUGAGAGCGGAAGAACCGCAGCAGGAUAUUCCCACCUUCUCGUGCAUGCUCAUGACGCCGCAGCUUCCGCGAGCCUCGGCGGGCGGUGCGACGAUCUACCAUGAAAAGCAGCGUCGGGAGUUGUGCGCGCUUCACGCGCUCAAUAACGUCUUCCAAGAUGGGGCAGCCUUCAGCAGGGACACUUUGCAGGAGAUCUACCAGAGGCUUUCCCCCAGCACUCUGGUGACGCCUCACAAGAAGAGUAUGCUGGGAAACGGGAACUACGACGUCAAUGUCAUCAUGGCCGCCUUGCAGACGCGAGGAUUUGAGGCAGUUUGGUGGGAUAAAAGGAGGGACGUCGGCAGCAUAGAGCUGUCCAACGUGACCGGCUUCAUUCUCAACGUUCCGUCCAAUUUGCGCUGGGGACCUCUGCAGCUGCCGCUCAAACGCCAACACUGGAUCGGGGUGCGAGAGGUGGCGGGGGUCUACUACAACCUGGACUCCAAGCUACGUGGCCCUCAAACCAUCGGCAGUCCAGAUCAGCUCAGGAACUUCCUCCGCCAGCAGCUGCGAGGGAAGAACUGUGAACUUCUGUUGGUGGUGUCGGAGGAAGUGGCGGCGCAACAUACGUGGCGCUCCGACAGCUGA